GUUUAGCCUGACCACCUCGUUCCUGUGUCGUCGUCAUCCUAGAGACUCCCAGCAUCAUGGCAACCAUUACCGUGGGCGCAGGCAUAGCAGCAGCAGCAGGAGUUGCAGUAGCAGGCGCCGUGGGUCUGGGUCUGCUGGGCUUGGCGGCGGGUUCCAGAGGCGGCAGACGCAGGGGUGGUCGCAGAAGGCAAGGAAACUUUCGCAGAUUCGGGCGUGAGGCGGGGGAGGAGGUCCGGCAGCAACAGGAGGAGCAAGAGGCUCUAGAACGCACCCUGGAGCUCAUCCGGGUGGAGGACGUGACCGGCUGUGGCCUGCGUCUUAUGUGUGAGCUGGCGGCUACGCCCUCGGAGACCCUGCUGCAGGAACAAAUGGCUAUUCUCAACCUGGUGGGACCAUCGGUGAGACCCGGGGAGGGACUACUACCCCCUGGGGCUACUGGGGACUACCUGGCAGCCAAGAGUCUGGGUGCAGCUGGCGGGGACUGUGGCCUAGCCUUCCCAGAGUGUCCCCUGGGUGGUACACAGCUCAUGGACCAGGUUAUGGCCUACCUACCCUAAUAAAUAAGUACUGGAACAAUGCUGCUUCUAGACCCGGGUGUAAUACGAGUCUCCACUUAAACCAUCGGUGAGUCUCUGUAAUCUCCUGAGUAUGAUGACUUAAACCCCUAAAUAACAAUAUCAUCGUACUGAAGGGGUUUAAACCAACGUUGAUAAUGUGCUUUACAGAAUCUAAUAAACACAAACUGAAGGGAACAUCAACAAACCAUUUAGCAUAAAGGAAGGUUAGUAGAAGUAGGUAUUUUAUAAUGAUUUCAAACAUCAUCCAUAACCCUUUGAGGACUGGUUUAACCCUUUGAGGACUGGUUUAACCCUUUGGGGGCAUUGGUUUAACCCUUUGGGGAUGAUUGCUUAACCCUUUCAAGACUAUGCUAUGUUUUAACCCUUUGAGGCCCAUAGUUUAACCCUUUGAGGACUGGUUUAACCCUUUGGGGGCAUUGGUUUAACCCUUUGGGGGCAUUGGUUUAACCCUUUGGAGAUGAUUGCUUAACCCUUUCAAGACUAUGCUAUGUUUUAACCCUUUGAGGCCCAUAGUUUAACCCUUUGAGAUCCAUGGUUUAACCCUUUGAGGUCCAUGGUUUAACCCUUUAGAGAAGAUGAUUUAACCCUCCAGGACUCGAAGGGUUAAGUUAACACUAAGAUUAAGAAAAGCUGUUCAGAAUAUGUGACAGUAAUCUUUCAUCUUUCCUAAAUAGCGUAAGCACCUAGUAAACAUUAGCUCAGCGACUGGUAGACUACGAGUGUUGGGUCUGGGUUGUGGACAGGUGUGUGUACAUUUGGUCGCCAACAUGAGAUUGACAAGACGAAAUUGGGCACAGGGAUCCGACUCUGGUGGUGUGUGGCCGUGUUCACUCGACCGGUGUUUCCUCUUGUUCACAUGUUGGCAAUAAAAUGUACGCACUUAUGGACGCACCUUGAGACGUGGUCAGGUGUGUUCAUUUACCUUUCACCUGUCGAGAAGAGGCCUUUUGUAUUGUUAGUUAAGUGUUUAGUGUAAUAUAUGUAUGUAAUGCUAGUUAACUAAUAUGUGUAUGUGAUGAUAGUUAACUAAUAUAUGUAUGUAAUAUGCUAGUUAACUAAUAUGUGUAUGUAAUAUGCUAGUUAACUAAUAUGUGUAUGUAAUGCUAGUUAACUAAUACAUGUAUGUAUUGCUAGUAAAGUCUUUUUGAUGGGUUGCUAUUAACUAUUUUCUGCAUGUAAUACUAGUUGUCUAUCUACCGCAUGUACUGUACUACUAAUUAAGAAUAUUGUAUUUUCAUGAAUUAGUUAAUUAUUUUGUCUAAUUAUGAAUCAUUAGUCGUAACAUUUUGUCCUAGGUGGCGCCAUCUGUAAACAAAAAAAGUGUACUAACUAAUGAUAGAAUAAAACACAUGACAAUAA